AUGUGCACUGAGCGGGUUGUCUGCGUGCGUCAACCAGAGAACAAGAUGUGUGAGGACUGCCAGUGGCGCCUGUGCCACAGAGCCGCUCUGAAAGCAGCACCACGCUGUCUGCUCAUCCAGGUACUGUCCUGCUCGGAGCGGCUGGGAAAGAUGCCCUGUGUACGGAUGAGGUUCGGACCACAACUUGGUCUUGUGGCUCUUCUCCUGCUGCUGGGCUGCUACUGCGUGUCUGCCACAGUCUGGGAUGUGAGGCCUCUUCAGGGGAGGGAGGGGGGCAGGGGGUCCAAGGAGGUCACAGCGGAGGAGCAGAGCGGAGUGUUCAAAGUCAUGAAGCGUAGCAUGUCGGACACUCCCACAGAUGAAGGCUGA